AUGGUUCCAAAUCUGGGCCCGACUUCAUCACUCGGCUAUACUCCGUUCGAAUACUGGAAGGGUCCGAAACCCGUCAUUCCCAGACCAAAGCGCAAAUCACGAGCCGUCGCCCUCGAUCUAGAACCGCUUCUUCCCACCCCCACACCGGCACCGAGGCCUCGCGCCGCCGCGACAUGGCCCGGUCAGGCAUUUGCUGUCGCCGUCCCUGGUGUCCAGCGGAAACCGUCGCUGGCACCUCCCCCAAGCGCCUUCGUGGCGCAGCCAGGAACAUUCACCGUUUCGUCCAAUAAAGGCAAGCCAUUUGCGGAGAUUCUCGUCGUCCCUCCAAAGGUGUUGGUCCACCCACUUUUUCGAGACGAGAUAAAGACUCCGGACUGGCCCAGGGGUUUCUCCCCGUAUCCCGAUUCCAUGAACGACUCGACUUACAACAUCAUGGGCGACUACGGAUAUUCAAACGAGCGCCUCGGCCAGAAGCCUGCGUGGUGGGACCCGAGGGGGUGGACGAAGCGGAUUUGGGCCGGUGUCAGUGCCGCCAUCAUUAUUCUGAUUGUCAUCAUCGUCGCCGUCGUCGUCACCCAGAACAACCAGAACCGGUACCCGGACUACUCCAAGCUGUCGUACAAGCUGAGUGACACAUACUCUGGAGAGAACUUCUUCGACAAGUUUGACUACUUCAACACAUAUGAUCCAACGGGAGGAACCGUUCACUACGUCGGCCGCGCUGAGGCAGCCACGAGGAACCUGACGUACGCCACCUCCGACAGGGCCGUCGUCCGCGUCGACAACACCGUCGGCCCCAGCUCCACCCCGGACGCCUCGACCGGACGCUUCUCCGUCCGCGUCGAGUCGAAGACGCAGUACGACAAGGGCCUGUUCAUCUUCGACGUCAAGCACACGCCCUACGGCUGCGCCUCCUGGCCCGCCCUCUGGUUCUCCGACCCGAACAACUGGCCCGACGCCGGCGAGAUCGACAUCAUGGAGGCCGUCAACCAGGGCACCGACGGCAACCAGAUGACCCUGCACACCACCUCGGGCUGCGAGAUGAACGUCAAGCGCAAGCAGACCGGCAGCGUCCUCCAGACGGACUGCAAGAACACGACAAACAGCAACGCCGGCUGCGGCGUCGAGGGCAAGACGUCCUCCUACGGCGAGGACUUCAACAGCGCCGGCGGCGGCUACAUGGCCAUGGAGUGGCGCGACGAGGGCAUCCGCGUGUGGCAGUUCGCGCGGUCCUCCGUGCCCUCGGACAUCACCAACAAGGCCCCCGACCCGAGCACCUGGGGCAACGCCCUCGCCGAUUUCCCCAACACGGCCUGCGACAUGAGUUCGCACUUCAAGAACCAGUCGCUCAUCAUCAACAUCGACGUCUGCGGCUCGCUCACCGAGGCCAAGUACGCCACCUCCGGCUGCGGCGGGACCAGCUGUUCUGAUUUCCAGGCCAACAACCCCUCCGCGUUCGACACGGCGUAUUGGGAGUUCGGUGCCUUUCAGGUAUACACGGCCUCAUAA